AUGUUGGGUUGGGAGGCACAAAUCCAGAUUCAAGAACUCUUGGAAUUAAUAUCCUUGGGGGAAGAGGUUUGCUCCGCCGUUAAGAGGGCCAAGUCCUUCAAAGGGGAAUGCAGUACGGUAGGGAAGCUGGUGAAUCAACUUUCUCAAACGAUGAAGACCCUUCUUUGCUGCAUCCGUUCAGCUCGAGCUCAACUUUACUUGCGCCCACUUCGUUGCAUACUGGCCGAGGUCAAGCGACACUUUAAGCUCGCUCUCGCCGUCCUUCACAAAUGCAAGCGGCGGAACUUCAUAUGGCGGCUCUUCACUGGCUGCAAUGGAAUCCAAUUUAGGGAGCUCCACAAUUGUUUAUAUGCUUCUAUUGAGGAUAUGAAAUGGUUGCUUUCCAUAUACGUCGGAGGCCGCCGCGAAACGCCGUGCAAGGAGUUGCCGAGGUAUCGGGCUUGGUCAUGCAUUGCCUCCGUGAAAAUGGGGCGUGAAUUAGACGAUCGGAUCAAGGCGGUGGAUUCUCUGUCUUUUCUUGCUCGGGAAAAAGACGAGUAUAAGAACAUUGUUUAUGAAGAAGGUGGUGUACCUCCUUUACAAAAGCUUUUGAAAGAACACAUUUGUUUAGAAGCUCAGAUCAAGGUUGCCAACACACUUUGCCUUCUAGCUAACGAGAAGGGAAGAGAAAUGGCGAUCGUGAAGGAAAUGGUCUCGACUAUCUUAAACCGAUUAUCGAGAACAUCUCCGAUAUGGGAUCGAAUCGAAGCGGCCGAUUUGGUAGCCAGCAUUGCAGAACAUAAUCCGGAAAUGAAGGAAUAUCAUUUAAUCAGGGAGAACGUAUUAUGGAGACUGGUUUCAUUGUUGUCAUCUGCUGAUGAUCAUACGCCGAGUUCACUUGAGCUGCAGCUGAAACUCAGUUGUUCAAAGGCUUUGCUGAUCCUUAUUCGAGAGAGCGUUCGGAAUUGUUCGACGUUCACCGAGACAAAAGGUAUGCUGUGCUUGGCUAAGUUGUUGAGAACGGAAAAGAAUGAAUUGCAGUACAAUUGUUUAAUGAUUAUAAGGGAAAUCACAGCCAUUGCUGAAACAGAUGAAGGUUUCAGACAUUCCACUUUCAAGAGCUCUUCACCGGCUUCGAAUGCGAUUGUCGAUGAGCUAUUGAGGGUAGUCGAAGGAUACGACAUCACUAAACUGCGAAUUCCGGCGAUCGAGUCGGUCGGUUCAUUGGCGAGGUCUUUUUCAGUAAAAGGGAGCCGAGUAAUUAGUCCAUUGGUGGUACUACUAGGCGAUACAGACCGAGAAGUUGCGAUCAAAGCUUCAAUCGCCUUGCAGAAGUUUGUAUCCGUAACUAAUCACCUUCGUUCCAAGCAUUCGAAGUCAAUAAUCGAAUUCAACGGCAUACCAUUGUUAAUGAAGCUACUACUUAACGACGGAGAUAAAGAGUUACAAUCGCACGGAUUGACUCUCCUGUGCCACAUCGCCAUACACAACGACGGCGAAAGCAAUGUUCUGAUCAAUGCCGGAGCAUUGAACGCUCUUCGGACAACCGGUCAGGCGGUUGCCGAGGAACAAUCCGAAUUAAAGGCAUUGGUUACCGAAGCAAUAUCGAAACUACAAUCCAACAACACAGAGAAACACGAAGAACCGGACAAUUCACCAGGAAUUAUACAAUGUAUUACAGAACAGAGUAAAGCGUUUUUCAAAUUUAUGCAACGUCAAUGGAAGAUAGUGUUACAGUGUCUUACCGUAUACCUUCCGGAGAAUGUGAAUCUCCUGCGAAAAUCAUGUAAAAAGGGGAUCUCAAGAGCAAAACGUUCAUUGAAAAACAGGAUAAUUCGGAGGCUUAAGAAAUCAAACUGCGUGGAACCGAGUUCAACUCAAAAGCCGUUGAUGGACUCAUGGGUGAAGGAGAUUGCACGGAAGCUUAGGGUGAUGAAGAAAAUUGUUAAAUCAAUGGAGAAGAAAGAGAUCAGAAGAAGAUUUGGAUAUAUCAUAUAUAAACUCAGAACCGGCAAUCGAACGAUUUCUAACGAGUUAUACCAAAUCCACAUAUUCUGGAGUUUGGAUAUUUUGUGUAUCAACUUUUGA